ACAGGAAUUCUUGGCACCCGAUCCACAAUCAGGCCUCGACGUCAGUCAGAACGAUGACAUCACUGUUCCUAGUAAUACUACCUCUCGUAACAAACCCGAGGAAUGUCUUAGUUGGGCCACUCACAUUCGACGCCCCGAACUUUCAGGGACAAGAACCUCGAAGCUCAGAGCUCAAAGUUAGUGGCGUGUGUAAUCAAGUGUAAAUCAGAACAUGAGUUGGUGUCGGUGAUUCGCCAUUCGAUCUCCACAAAACAGCAACAACAACAAUUGCCAACCAAGCAGCAAGAUGGGUCGAACCGAUGGCUUGGUGGCGCCUCGAAAUCCCAAAGACUUCACCAAGGAUUGGGCGGAGCGGAUCAUGGUGGACUACAAAAUGAAGUACGACUCACUGUUUCUGAAAACGCCCGGCGUUCUCCGGGUCCUGGAUGUGAUAGCCAAGGAGAAUCCUAAUCCUGGGAUGCUGAGCAAUUCGUAUUUGGUCCAGGUGUCGUACAAAUUGGGCGAUAAAGGCUUUCAUGUGGAGUCCUGGUUUGUCAAGAUCCCAAAGUCGCCGUCUACGGCCACGAUGGACUCGGUGGAAGCAUUUAUGUACAGUAAAAUGUUCCCUUUGAUGCAAGGAUUCAUCAACGAGAACUAUGGCGGGAUCGACUUCAAACUUCCAGUUCCAAAAGCCUACUUUUGUGCAUUUGACGAGAAUUUCGAGAAGGGUCGAAACAUGUGCGUAAUCGAGGAUCUGCGCGGGCGGAACUUCAAACCCUUGGAGUCCAAAGUGUGCGGGGUGGCAUACAUGAGAUCAACCAUGCGGUGCCUGGCGCAAUUCCAUUCGGCGGCGGUAGCCCUGCAACAUCACAUUGGGGGUAGGGGUAACUUCUUACUGAACUACCCUUUGAUUGUGGAAAAAGAGUUGCCAAAGAUGAAGCUCAUCAAGAGACUGUUUGAGCAACGACUCAUGGCGUACAUCUUGUACUUGUUUCAAAUCCAUCCAGACCUCAAGCAUCAACUGAUGAUGCUAGCCAAGUUUGAGAAACAUUUGUUUAAGGUGUUCAAGGCCAUUUAUAAGGAUGAGGCCUUGAGAAAUCUCCAGAUCCUUAUUCAUGGUGAUAGCAAGAUGGACAACUUCUUGUUCAAGAAAGACACCUGGUCCGAGGAGGAGCAAUAUUCGGCCCGCUUGAUUGAUUGGCAGGGCGUGUGCUUUGACAUCUUGUCUAGUGAUCUGGUGUGGACCCUGUACGGGUUUAUGAAGAACUUGCCGGAUAAGAACUCUCAAGUGGACUCAUUCUUGGACUACUCGGUGGCUUUCUAUCAUGAGGAACUAGUGAAGCACCUCCGAUGUUUUGGACUCAGACCAGAGGAGGUCGGUCUCCCUGGCGACGACUAUGAUGCGGUGUGCCUCAUCAAGAAGGGCUUUGUGUUGGAGUUCCUCAAAGUGGCCGUGCUCAAUCCAAUCAUUUCCAUCCGCAAUCCAGACCUUCUCCUUGAGUGGUUCCAAGACAGGGACAACAAACCAGUGCCUUCUCCAGAGCAGCUCUUCAAGGGAGGACAAAGUUACCUGAGUUUUGUUCACCUUCAGUUCACCAUUGCUACAGAAAUUGGGGUCUUCCAUGACUUGGCCCCCCUGUGCUUCACUGCCCUCAAGGAAUCCAUGUUUGCGGGAUUUGGACCUAAAACAGACUCAGACGAUGAAGAUGAUGAGGAUGACGAGGGAAAAGGAGAGAUCAGGCGGCCUAAUGGCUCAGGGAAUCAAUCUAAUGCCCAUACAGGGGGGCAGAAUGGUGUCGGAAAGCAGGACACCUGUACGGGGACCUCAGGGACUUCAGGAUCUCCCUAUGGAAGUUCAGGAGCCGCAAAUCAUGACUCAAAGCCCGGGUUUUACGCCUCAAUGUCGUUGGACCUGGCACAAAUCCGAAUGCCAGACAGGUUCAACAAGCGGGCAGCAGAAGACCCAUUCAACUACAGAUACAAACGGAGGUUCUUUGGCAAAGAUCAGAGCUCAGACAAGGCUGUCAAAAAGGUUCAAGCAACUCGAAUGUACCCGGUGCUCAUUACCGAACACAAGCUUCCACACCCCCAGAGACUUGAGUUCGUCUUCAAGCUUGAAGUCCAAGCAAUCAAGGUGGAAGCCGUGACUCUCAAGACGCAGAAGAGGUCAAAGGCUCCAAACAAAGCAAAGGCAAAGGCCAAUGUCACACAUUCAAAGCCAAUGGGCAACAUGGGCUUUGUGCAUGAAGAAGAGGAAGGCGACACCCCUGAAGGUGAAGAAGACGUGGCAGGGAUCCCAAUUCAAAUCAUUGGUGAAAGGGUCGCAAAGCGAAUUGAGAAGCCCGUCAAGGCACCUAUUGCAUUCCCAGACAUUCUGGAUGACGCAUUUGAAGAUGAAUCCGUGAAUUUGGUAACCGAGACUGUCUCCGAGACCAUUUACCUUGUCCCGAUCCAGCAGCUCAUGGCCAUGGAGAACCAAAACGACAUUGCCUUGCUCGCCAACCUCAAGGAAAUCAACCAAGACCACCAAAGAGCGGAAGAUCUCGAGCUUGGACUUCAUUGGGGGCGUGCCUCAGGCGUGCCAGGACCUGUUUCAAAGCGAAGAAGAGCCGGAUGUCUCCUUGAUGAGCACAAGUGCCGACCCGUCGUCGGAAGUUGGAUCGGUGGGUCUGCCACGCAAACUGAGUGGCGUGACUUUGCCCGGCCAAUCUGCCACGUUUUUCUCCCGGCAAACCACUCUUGAGGAUGAUAUGAGUAUCACAUUGGAUCAUGAGGAGGACGAAUGUGGAUUGUUGGCCAACCAUCUGUCCAGUCAGCUCCUAAUCGAGGACUUCCAAACAACUUCCACGACAAUACAUGAAAUUUUAGACAACCACGGGAGUUACCAGAGCACCGAUUUUCCAGACGUGCUAGACUCGUCCGAUGAGGAGCUAGAAGUUGUGCAUUCCACUAUUUAUAUCAAAGCUAGUGGAUGAAAGGAAUAAUCCGAUUAUGAGUAGGAAAGUUGACUCGUGACUGAUCUGUCUCUACACUUACAAUUGUUAUAUUGCCAAUCUUCAUUAUAGAGAAGGACUAUGAAAUAGUUAGUGUUCACAAAUGAUUUAGUGAUUUUGCAUGGACACAAAUUGCGUUAUACCGAUUGUGUAGCACUUUAGCAAAUAAACAAACGCAGCGUUUCA